AGUUGGUUCAUGGGGUUCAGGGGUUGUUGUGAAACUUGAGAGAAAAAAAUCAAUUGCGAGAUAAAACUAAAGUGCUUAACAACUUUUUUGGUUUUAUUUCGUGUAUUUGCAAUGGAUGACCGGCGUAAAUUCUCCCGUGGUGAUAAAGAUCGUGAAGAUUUACCAGUUUAUUCACGACUCUUUAUUGUUUGCGAUCGCGAUCUUAAGGAGGAACAAUUCAGGGAAGCAUUCUCUGAGUUUGGUACCAUAGAAGAUAUACGUAUACCAUGCGAUCAUAAUACUGGGAAACCUAGAGGAGUUGUGUUCAUUAAGUUUUCGAAAACCUCAGAAGCUGCCAGAGCUUUAGAGGCGAUGAAUUCCAAGGUUCUAAGUAAUUCCAGUCGUCCUCUUAAGGUUAUGGUUGCAGCAAACCGAUCAGAUAUUCAAUCGGAUGACUAUAGUAAUGACAAAUACAGGAGGUUAUUUUUACACAUUCCAACAAGUAUGAAUGAGGACAUGCUCGAAGAUCAUUUUAAAACCUAUGGUUACAUUGAAGAUGUGCUCAUACAAAGGGAUAGAAACACUAAAGAGUCAAAGGGUUUCGCUUACAUAAAAUAUCGAAAAUUUUCAGAAGCUGCCCUCGCCUAUGAAGAGUGCGAAAGAAGAUUCAGGGCUAUUUUUGCUCAACCUAAAGGGUCCAAUAGGCGCCAAGAGACAGCCUUUGAGACUAAUAUAAAUAAUUUAGCCACAUCAUCAACUAAUCAAAAUACCUCUCUCAUUUCCAUGAUGAACGUAAACCCUAGGGGCUUUACUCGUGUUAACUUUAUGUGUAGUCCUUAUUUAACACAAAUGCAUGUAGAAACAUUAUUUGACAUUAUACCUGGUCUUGUGGACUGCCGCUACUUUGUUGAUUUGAUCAAAAACUUUGGCAAAGGAUCAGCACAGUACUCAAAUCCAGUUUCAGCUGCCUAUGCUGUACAAAAGUUGAAUGAAUUUGAAUAUCCGCCGGGCCAAAGGAUCUUUGUUAAACCAGCUAACUCAAAAUUUGAUGCUCAUGAAAAGAAUUUCUCUGACAUACCAAAUGCUGUUAAUAACCUAAAAAAUGCUAUAGAAUCUACGUCUAACAGUUCUGCACCAGAUCUUGCACAGCUAGCUGUGGCUAUUGCAGAAGCCUCCAAAUUGAUAAAAAUGGCUACAACUGGUGUUUCCGAUGACAACAUCCCUGAUAGCACUGAUUUGAACUACUGCAGUGUUCAACUUCCUCCCACUCAACCAUUGGCUGACAUAGAUAGCCCCGUCGCAAAGAGAUGUUUCCUGGUGUGCAAACCUCAGCCACCCCCUCUAACUGUAUUAAGGGACAUCUUUUGCCGUUUCGGAAAUCUUAUUAAUGUUUACACACUACCUAACAAAACUGUAGGCUAUGCACGUUAUGCAACUGCCGAAUCGGCAGAUGAGGCUAUCAGAGUCUUACAUGGAGCAGAAAUAUGCGGUGUUCGCAUAAAAGUGUUGGAAGCAGAGGAAGAAGCCCCUGCUAAGAGAAUGAGAUAUGAUGAUUGAGACAGGACAGACGGGACAAAUUCUCUUUAGACAUAAAUGUAGACCUACAGACCUUUUUUCUUGAAUUUGUAGUGUGGACAACAAUAAAUAUUUUACCUACCAA